AUGUCUGACAUUAGUCAACAAAUGGGCAACUUGAGUGUUCAAGAAAACGGAAGCAACGGUCAGUACCAACCAAGACAGAAUGGCCGUAGACAAUAUGUGCCACCACAUUUGAGAAGCAGAUCUGGCCAACCACAAGCAAACGGUGGUUCUGACGACAUUCCUUUUGGUGGAUCUCGUCGUAACGGAUACGACAGCAGAGGUGGUUUCUCCUCCAGAGGUAACGGAUUUGGAUUUGGUGGCUCAAGAGGUGGUUCAAGAGGUGGUGCUGGAUUUGGAAGUGGAGGUAGAUACCAAAGACAGGUUCCAGGUGUGGGUAAGUGGGUUGACGGUAAACACGUUCCAGCACCACGCAAUGAUAGAUUGGAAAUCGAAUUGUUUGGUGUUCCAGAGGAAGAAAGUGCUCAAUCAUCAGGUAUCAACUUUGACAAUUACGACGACAUUCCAGUUGAAGCUAGUGGUGACAAUGUUCCUGAACCAAUCACUGCAUUCACUGCACCACCAUUGGAUGAGUUAUUGGUUGAAAACAUCAAAUUGUCAAAAUUCACCAAACCAACUCCGGUUCAAAAGUACUCUGUUCCAAUUGUUGCUGGCGGUAGAGACUUGAUGGCUUGUGCCCAAACCGGUUCCGGUAAGACUGGUGGUUUCCUUUUCCCAGUUUUGUCUGAAUCUUAUGCAAAUGGCCCUGCUCCAGUUCCUGAAUCAACUGGAACUUUUUCAUCCCACAAGGCCUACCCAACUGUUCUUGUCAUGGCUCCAACCAGAGAAUUGGUCUCUCAAAUUUAUGAUGAGAGUAAAAAGUUUGCUUACAGAUCAUGGGUCCGUCCUUGUGUUGUUUACGGUGGUGCUGAUAUUGGAAACCAAAUUAGACAAUUGGACAGAGGAUGCGACUUGUUGGUUGCUACUCCUGGACGUCUUAAGGACUUGCUCGAAAGAGGAAGAGUUUCUCUUUCCAACAUCAAGUACUUGGUUUUGGAUGAAGCUGAUAGAAUGUUGGAUAUGGGUUUUGAGCCUCAAAUUAGACAAAUUGUUCAAGAAUGUGAUAUGCCAAGCGUUGAAAAUAGACAAACUUUGAUGUUUUCGGCCACCUUCCCCAGAGACAUUCAAAUGUUGGCUCGUGAUUUUUUGAAAAACUAUAUUUUCCUUUCUGUUGGUAGAGUUGGUUCUACCUCAGAGAACAUCACCCAAAAGGUUUUGUACGUUGAAGACGACGAGAAAAAGUCAGUUAUUUUGGACAUGUUGAACGCCAACAGUUCUGGUUUGACCAUUGUUUUCACUGAAACUAAGAGAAUGGCCGACAACUUGGCUGAUUUCUUGUAUGACCAGGGGUUCCCUGCUACUGCCAUUCACGGUGACAGAUCUCAAUAUGAAAGAGAAAAGGCCCUUGCUGCUUUUAAGAGCGGAAAAGCACCAAUUUUGGUGGCUACUGCUGUUGCAGCCAGAGGAUUGGAUAUUCCAAACGUUUCUCACGUUAUCAACUACGACUUGCCAGGUGAUAUCGAUGAUUACGUUCAUAGAAUCGGUCGUACUGGUCGUGCCGGUAACGUUGGUAUUGCUACCGCUUUCUUUAACAGAAACAACAAAAACAUCGCCAAGGAAAUGAUUGAUUUGUUGGCCGAAGCCAACCAAGAAGUUCCUGAUUUCUUGACCAAGAUUUCAAGAGAAUCAGCAUUUGGUAGAGGUGGUCGCGGAUCCUCUCGUGGUGGUGGAUACGGAGGCUCCCGUGGUGGAGCCACCAGAGAUUUCAGAAGAUCGGGUGGUGGCGGCCAUUCAAGUUCCGGAUGGGGCAGCAGCGCCGGCAGUGGCUGGGGAAGUUCAGGAAACAGUGGUGGUUGGGGCAAUUCGAAUGGUUCCAGUGGAGGUUACGGCUCACGCUCAAAUUUCAACUCAAGCUAUGGUAACCCAUCGGGUUCUAACUCAUGGUGGUAA